CUGCCUUGUAUGUCUUCAUCUGUAUAAAGUUUUAGGGACGAAUUUACCUUAGUCCAGACCAGACCUUUCCUCAGGAAGAAACAACUGGAGUGUUCGCGGGCGAGAGGACUGGCUACUGUUUGACUGUUUUGUAUUCUGCAAUGUCUACAUUUGGUGCUCCAUCUAUUGCGAAUCCAAAUCCAAACAAGUCUGUUGAGGUGGUCCAACCUCCCAGUGACUCUGUGUCGAGCCUUUGUUUCAGUCCCAAGGCCAAUGUCCUAGUUGCGACUUCAUGGGAUAACCAGGUACGAUGUUGGGAGAUAAUGCGGAAUGGGACUACUGUUGGCACUGUGCCCAAGGCAUCAAUAUCACAUGACCAGCCGGUUCUAUGCUCCACAUGGAAGGAUGAUGGCACAACUGUCUUCUCUGGAGGCUGUGAUAAGCAAGUGAAGAUGUGGCCAUUAUUAUCUGGAGGCCAACCAGUAACCGUGGCCAUGCAUGAUGCUCCGGUCAAGGAAAUUGCUUGGAUCCCAGAAAUGAAUCUCUUAGCCACAGGAAGCUGGGACAAGACUCUGAGGUACUGGGAUUUGAGACAGCCAAAUCCAGCGCAUGUUCAACAACUUCCUGAGCGCUGCUAUGCACUUUCAGUGAGACAUCCUCUGAUGGUUGUUGGAACCGCAGAUAGAAAUCUUAUAGUUUUCAACUUACAGAAUCCUCAGGUACUGGAAGAGGUUUAAAAGUAGGCUGUAGACUUGUUCAAUCAUUUGAAAUAGUAGUAGCAUAUAGAACACUUUAUUAUUAUUAGCUGUCAUUAUGACCUGUAAAACUCUGCUUAAGGCACUACUGGGCUGAAUAGUAACUUAUGAUUUGAAUGAUAUGGGUGGUGGGACUCGUGCAAUCUGCUCAAACUUUAAAUGCAAGUCUUUCUCGAUUGGAUUUUUUUUUCCCGGCUAAGCUGCCAUUCUUAGUUGUAUCUCUUUGUUAUUGUUAGUACUCUUAUUAUAGAUUGUUGUACUCGUCUAUGACUUAAAAUUAGGAAAUUUUGACUCUUAAGACUAUCCUACAUCAUCUAGGACUCUUAAUAGAAGAAUAAUAAAAUGAGUUGACCAAACAUGUGACCCAUGGGUUAUUGAUUUGAAAUAGUCGAAACAUUCGGAACGUUUCUGUUUUCAAGGAGACCGAAACAAAUUAGUGAUAGAAUCAAAAUUGUAAUACUCCGAGGUGUUCCAUAAUGUUUUAAAUUUUUUUUUUAUAUUUCAAUGCAUUUGCACAAUUAUUUCAGAAUAUUUUAAGGUAUUUCAAGAUAU